UUUUUUCUCCUUCGUACAACUUAUUACAGAAAGCAAAAGACGUCCGAACCAAGAUGGGCCAACUAGUCGUGAAGAGCGAGCGUUUGUUGCUUCGGCGCGACAAGAACCACGACAACUAUCAAAUGUAAAAAUGUCUGGGUCUGGAAACUUGUGAUGCUGGGUGGCGUCUCAUGAUGAGGCUACAAAUGCUGGCUCAGCAUGACAAGUUUCUGAGCUCCUAGGUGUUGCCUAUUCUGCAUGACAAACUGCGCUUCUGCAUCACAGAAAAACGGAGCUCUUGGGUAACGUGCAUGACAGAUUUAAGAGUCAUGCCAGACAAGCAUGACAAACGUGAAUUCUUCCAGACCCAGACAUUUUUGCAUUUUAUAACAACUACGACCCGGAUGCAACACGACCGGAACAUGAUCACAGGAUGAUGCCGAAGCCACUCCUCGCUUUCCAACACGUCAAUAUCUACGCUUUGAUCCAUUUUAUCCACGUGGCAAGGGAGCUUGCAGCCGCAGAUCAUCUUUAUUUCCCAAGGGCCACCACCAGCACGAAAGAUCAACAGACGGGGUCCUGCUCCUCGCCGCACGACCGCGGCCCACGACCGGUUUUACUUUGGAGCCGCUGGCAAUUUUUGGAGUUCCUGGGGGUGGACAAAGUUUCGGAGGUCGCGGCGCUUUUCCACUGGUACAGCGAACCAGAGAAGACCACGAUCGAAAUACCGAACGAAUUCUACUACGAAGAUGAACCUUCUUCAGAUGACGAGGUGGAGCAUGCGGACACGGCGGGGCUCUUCUUAGGCGGAGAACUUCUUCUAGAAGCGGAUGGAGGUGGAGGUGGUGCUCCGGCUACCAGCGCAGCUGCUACAAAAUCAAAAAUAAGCGGGGACUCAAAUAGAAAUAGAUUGUCGAAAAGCAAGCAGCAAGCCCUGGAGGAACUCGUGCUCGACCAGAUACGGCAAAUCAACGAGCCUGCACCGAAACUGGAGCAUUUGUCCCCGUUUGUCUUCUGCGCAGCUUUGAUUCUCUUGCGUCAAGGGACGCCGAGUAGCGAGAAAGUUGCGCAGCUGUGCUUGUUAUUCGAAGGGAGCGCGAGGAGCUCCUCCUCCACUGCCCCUGCGCAAGAACAUAUUCGAGGCCGAAAAUGGCCACCGCCGCCAUCUGCUAGUACAACAACGACAGCAGCGCGAAGCGGCGCGGAAGACCACACGACGUCUCAAAAAUCUCAUCUUCCAUCCCCACAACCAGAAAAUUCACUCCUCACCUACGCCGACCUGUCGCACGGGGUGGAGAUCGUGAGUGAGGCCUUGGAGAAGACUUUCCGCCGGAUGAAAGAGGAUGUGGGAACGUAUUUCACACCUGGGGGCGCGCAGGAGCGCGUAUACCUGUGUCAAGCCGCGUUCCGGCACCAGGGGCAGGAGACCGUUGCCACCGAAGACGUGACUCGCUGGGCCGGAAAGCAGCUGGGAACCCGCUUGGUGCUGCAGCAGCUUCUAGUGGACGAAGAGAAAAAGACGGAGGAGAUGUUUCAGUGUCACUACAGAGCAAGGUUGUUAACGCCUUCCUAUUCUUCGCCUUCUGGCACCGGCGAAAAAGCAAUGAAAAAUGAUCUCACAGAUCAUGAUGAACAACAUGCAGUAGAUGAGACAAGUGCACCAGCCACGACGAUGGGCUACACAGUAACGGGGAGCACCGUCGACGGCACCCCGGCGAUAAUCACCGCGUCGGACUUCGAACGCCACACGGAUUCGUUGUUCAAGAACAGAGAACACACUGAAAAGAACACGGAGGGAAUGAGUGGCGCUCAAUCCUCCAGUCGAGGCGGCACGUCCUCAGUUCUGUCGAAGAACAAGAAAAAACAGAGCGAAGUAGAGUUAGAUCAUGCAGCAAACGAGACCGGGACAGGAGGGUCAGGCAUCUCAACGUCGUGGCCCUGCAGUUUAGCAAAAAGCGCAGGUUCUUUGUACCAACCGUCGUCGCGGAUAAAGAUAAACGAGCCGGCUUCUCCUGUUCCCGCAACCGAGCUUCUCGCCCGGGCUCUAAAUAACCACGUAGGCGUAAUGAAAGACAAAUCGUUCCAUUUGAACAGCAACCAUCCCGCCCGCGAUUCGUCCCUUCAAUCCCGAUACCUGCGUCGCUUGCUCCUUCGGGGGGUUUCAUUUUACACGGCCAGCUGCACCGGUGUGGAAGACUACUUCGCGGCGGCCCCAGGAUCUACAACUUCCACUGCAGGUUCUUCCACCAGCUCCGGGGCCUUGCAGUCGCUGUUUUACGAGGCUCUUGCAAGGAGUACGGCGAUGAAGAUGCUUGACCUCGAGAGGUCGUGGCAGUCGUCCAGCACGAUUUGUAUCAACAACUACAUCUCGGAUCUUUUUGACCACGAUCGUGCUCCUGGUCAGCAAGCACAAGAAGACCAGUUCUUAUCACCACCCCACUGGAGCAGCUCCUUGUGGUGGUUUCUGUUGGGCACCGGGGCGUACGGUUUUGAAAACAAGAGGUGGUGGCUUGCUAUCGAUAACGGGGACCAGCACCGAUGUAGUGCAGCUGGGCAACCACAUGUCCAGCCGGCAGCCGGCGCUAGUACGUCAACUACAAAAACGGAGCAAGAUCAAGAUCCUAGCGUGCUGACAAGAAGAACUACGCCAGCAUCUACUUCAUUCCUUUUUUCCUUCGGCAGGAGCACAAGCGAUGUCGAAGCGCAAGACCGGCCCUCCAUCUUCGCACACGUUCGAUCGCACGUGGAGGAAGAGCUCACGAGGAAGGAGCUGAACGCGGUAUCAGUUCGGGCUCAAGACCGAAUCGAUACAGCGACAGCUUCGCACUUCACAACUGGUGGUCCACCGCCCUUCAGUACGACAUCUGUAGUAGCGCAGACAGCAGCACAGGCCGAAGUGGAAAAUCCAGAUGCUCGAAUUGACGCUCCUGAUCACCAGUUGCGAGAGCCGCAUGCUUUCGACCCGUUUUCGCCGAGCCUUUUUGUCGUGCUGCGGUCGUUGCUCGCCCUUCUGCAGAAGCAGUCGAGCGAACUCGCAAGGGGAUGGACGUCGGGAUGGGAAAUACAAUUCAAUAAAGAAACUUCACUCCUUUAUUGCGGUUCAUUUGCGCAUUAUGCAAUACAAAGAAAAUUCCCGUGUCCGUACAAGUAGAACAGCGUACAAGAUAAAGGCAUCGCAAAUUUCGCCAACAACUUACAGUGUAACACUUGUCGUGCUGACUAGGAUCGAUGUCAGGUUAUGUCAUGCAAAAACCGCAUGCAAAAGUUUAAGUUUUUAUCAACAUGCAAACACCACAACCACGUGCUGUUCGGGGAAAGGAAACUUACUCUGCAUACAACAGAUGUUGGUUUGAAAACGACUAUUACAACAACACAAGGCGCUCCGGCACCAGCUCCGCCAACACCAUUCUCCUCGCUGAUUGCUGCAAUCCAAGCUCCCGAACGACCGGAAAUUGUGCACGCCAAAACCCACCAAGCAGUGCAGCGGCUGCUGACCGUGUUGCUUCGCGUGCUGGCAAAGCAGCGGACCUGCCUGAGUCCAGGUUUGCAGCAAGAACUGGAUUACAAACAAUUUCCGCCUUUAACGGAAGGGGCUUCCAAUUUUGCGAGGCUUUUGCGACGUUUUUGCGAGAUUUGUUGACUUGCUUCAGAUUGGUUAUGCGGGGUUUUCCGCUGCAACUUGUGGCGUUUUGGCGAAAGCUGGCCGCGCCCGGACCUCGUCUUUUGUCGCUCCCUUCGGGAGGGACAACGAAGAGGCCGACUGUGAGCUUAGCCGCGAUCCCGAAUGGGCCGCCUUAACAAGCUGGCUGGGGAGGGUCGCCCGCACACCUCCUACGAGCUGACUCCCUCGCGCACCUUUCCAAAGAAAUAACCAGCACAAGAAGUCGCGGGCCAGGUUUUGGCUAGCCCCCGUGGUUGAAGAGUUGUGGCCGCCCGGCGGCGCUCCGGCUACCUAGCCCCGGGCCGUAUUUGCGUUCUCUGGUUGCCGACGUUGCUUGGGCCGGUCGACAGGUUGCCUGGCGCCCCUCGUGGCCGCCCCGUGCAUUGGCGGGCCAGAGGGCUGGCCAGACACGCAGGAGGCGGCCGCUGUUGCCCUUGCAAGUAAGACUGGCGCGCCAGCGCGUCACAUUGGCGCAUCGGCGUCCUUGGUUGGGCAGCCUAGCGCGGCCGCAGGUUGUGCGUCUGGCCUGGGUGGCUGCCGGGCUGGCUCUCUUUAUUGGGCCGGCAGCGCCUUGCGCCGCUUGCCUUGCCGGCGCGCGGGGGCCUCUUGGGUGGGGGGCCUGGGGGUGGGGAGCAGGGUGGGGAAACCCAGAAGAGCCGCUUCGGUGUCCGGCGGCAGAAAUUGCGCCCAAAAAAAUCGAAAAAGACGAAAGCGAGCCAGUAAGCCUGUUCGCAAAAAUUUCGCAAAAAUCCGGGACCCGUUUCGCAAGAAUCUCGCAAAAUUACUAAGCCUGUUUGCUCGGAAAAACCGGAAAUCCGAAAAAUCGUUUUCCGGGAUAGUCAAUUUCUAAGCCUGUUCGCAAAAAUCUCGCAAAAUUUUCGCAAAAAUCUCGCAAAAGUUCGGGCGCCUCUUUUUGCGUGCAUCUCGCGAUAUCUCGCAAAGGUCUCGCAGAUUUCCCGGGAAGAUGAACAAACCCAAAAGGGCAGCCGUUUUCUUUUGUGUUCCCGCCCCCAGCCGCCACGGGAAGCCAUGCAAGCAUGGCCCGGGGCGCCGACCUUUGGCUCCGCGGGCGGGCGCGUGGCCCGGGCAGGGGAUGGGCCUUGUGGGCGACGCCGCCCGCCCGCGGAAGCUUGUUGCCAGGUGCCGGCACCAAGCCGCCCGGGCCAUUCAUAUAAUUGGGGGGGCGAGCGGCGUGGGGGCAUGGUUGGUUUUGUGUUGCCGUUGUGCUUGCAAGUUGGAUGGUGCGCCUGUGUGGCCGGGCGGCCGCGUGGCUGGCUGCCUGCAGUUUUUGUUUCAUGUGGCUGGCGGCCCGCAGUGGGUGUUCUAGCGCAGAGCGCCUCCACGGGCGUUUUGGCAUGGGUGAGCCUGGCCGCACGCAGAGGCCGCCGGCCGGCCGGCCUUCGCGUGGUCCGCCUUGCCUCGAGUCCCAUUCCUUUGUUGGGUCUUGGCGCGCCUUUGGAGAGACGACCGUGCCAGCGGGCUCAAUUUUGAGCCCGAUGCUAUGACUGAUCCCAGUUGUCGGGAUUCCGCGCUUCGCCUGUUGUCCCGGGGUUUUCGCCUGCUCGGCGGGGCGCGUGUGUCUCGUUGUGUCGUGACUGGCGCGGCGCGAGACGCAGAAUCGUUAAACUCGCAAAAACCUCGCAGCCCUUUCGCAAAAUUCGGGACCCGCUCCGUUAAAGCGGAAAUUGUUUGUAAUUGGAACAGUUGAUCAGCGAACAGCAAAGCCACGCGAUGGUCGCGCAACAGCAGUUACUUGUUGAAAAUAACGCCGGUUCUUUCAUGAAGGGAGGCCGCCGGACGUCAUCCGCCAAAAAAGAAGCCAAAGCUGCGGUCGAGCAGGACGAGGAGGCAAAGUUGUUGAUGACAAGCUCGAAGUUAUCCGAAGGAGCUGUCGGGCUCGGGACGACGAGCAGCGGUACUAGCAUUCGACGCAGUAGUUGUUCGUCCGAGAAAAUAAAUGCGCGACGAGGGGGGCUCACCACCCACAGUAGCAGUAGGCCCGCUUCAUUUAUUUCCUGUAGUUUUUUUCAAGCGUUGGACGUUGCUUCUAUCCUUGCCAACCUUUGUAACGGAGCUCGCCGCCACGAGGACCACGAACAGGACCUUUUCUUAGGACAGACGAAUACGAACAAUUAUGGUGUCAUGAGUGACGCAAAUGCAAAUACGACCCAAACUCCUAUACCCGCAAAAGCGAAGGAGAACCUUAACCACAUGAUGUUGAUGCAGCUUUCUUUCACCUAUCACCUCUCUGCCGUCGUGCUUGCGGGUCUGCAUGCUUAUACAGAUGCUGCAGAGACCAGUCUGGCGCUCCAGCGGCACACGACCAUGAAAACUACUCUUCUGAACUACUACCCAGACGCGGACAUUCAACCUGCAAAUAACUGUGGCGAACAACAUAAAGAACAAUCCACCGCGGCACAAGUGUUACUAGCUGACCGCGCCAAUAAAGAGCAAGCUGCUCCUGCUCCGCUUCCGCUGGACAACCGGAGAAAACCAGCUAGUACAACUGCUUCUAGUGCUGCACCAUCAACGUCGCACACGACCACGCCGGCGAAUCUGUACUCAAAAGCCCUCGCUGCAACCUUUGCCAGACAAACUUUUCGGCGGAGCGUUUCAGGUCUGCUUCAGACCCAGCGCCUGAAAGCUUUGCACUACGUGUGUGAGCAGCUGGCCCAAGCCGGUGCAGCCUGUGGCGAAGAACAACCUCCUGCUUGUACUAGCGCCGCUCAGCCUGCUCAAGGCCAAGGCACCGUGGGAGAUCUUAAAGAGGAUGGAAACAAGAAGCAGGUCGUGAGAGUAGAAAAUCCACCGACGUCUGAAGAAACAAACAAUCUACUUCCAGAAACAACUAGGAGACCACCGCUGCAUCCGUAUCUGACCGGCGCGUUGCGUAUUCUCGGCGACGGGCAGCUCGACCCCGUGCCGGAUGAGCUGGCUCUGCAGGUUCUGAAUGCGCUCCGGAGCAGCUGCUCCGGAUCCGGUAGAAGUUGUAGACCAGAUGAAAUAAGAGCAAAGCAGCCGGGACCACGACUUCGUCUUGUUGAAGGUCCAGAAAAGAUCUGGUUGCUGGUACACCACGAACUUUUUCAAAACAGCGAGAGGCUACAACAGCUUCAGGGUUCUGACGCUGGUCAACAUCUUUCAUCGGCGAUUGUGCAAAAUCUUCGACAAUGCUUGGAGGACGCGAUUGGAUCUACAAGUUGCACAACGACGUCAAGUAAACCACCAAGCGGAGUAGACGUAGACCUAGACACCCACGCGGGAAAUAUUAACGCAAAGGAGAUCGUAAAUCUGGACUUUGAGCAGGCCGACCUGGACUUUGUGUUGCGGCGGGUGAACGAGAUGAUAAAGGAGUCGCACGGCUACCAGCACCAUCUAGACGACAAAAACCACGACAGUACUAUUUAUUUCCAUUUGACGCCACGCGACCAUGACCAAGGAGCGGCCGACGGGAGUUGUGCGGCAGCAGGAGGAGGAGCAGGGCGAGGAAGAGGAUUGUCUUCGACUACAUCAACAUCUUCGUCUCAAAAAGGUAUUCUACAUGAAACGACGAUCCACGGCUAUCGUCAUUGCGGGGUAAAAAUACGAAGCCGCGAGAUGAAGACUUCUACUGCACAGCCACAGCCCAACCCGCCUCUGUCCAUAGCAGAAACGAUUUUCGCCUCCAGUAUCGCAGAGCACGCGAAAGUGCUAUCGAUUGCGAAAGAUGAGAUCUCCUCCGCACAGAAGCACCUCUCUGACGCUGCGCUGGCAGGUUACAUCGCCGUGGAACUCCGGAUCGAAAUUUUGUUGCAGCAUAUCCACAGAAAAAAACCCAUCCACAUCCAAUUAAUAUUUACAUUGCUUGACUUCCGGGUUCUGGUACAGCAUACCCCCGGCGACAGGUGACCUUGACAGGUGACCUCGACAGGUGGCCUUGACAGGUGACCUCGACAGGUGACCUUGACAGGUGACCGCGACGGGUGAACGCCCUGCCUUCUCCCACUAGUGCUUCGCGCACUAAGCCACUAUGCGCGCGCCUGGUGUGAGGCGAGGGGCGGACGCUGUCCGCCCCGAUGCCGAACACCCUUCCCCCACUAGCGCUUCGCGCACUAAGCCACUAUGCGCGCGCCUGGUGUGAGGCGAGGGGCGGACGCUGUCCGCCCCGAUGCCGAACACCCUUCCCCCACUAGUGCUUCGCGCACUGAGCCACCACGCGCGCGCCUGGUGCGAGGCGAGGGGCGGACGCUGUCUGCCCCGAUGCCGAACACCCUUCCCCCACUAUCGCCACUAUGGACGGGCACAAGGCCCCAGCGUGGGGACCCUGUCCCCACGCUCCGGUGGGCCUUGUUUGUCAUGCAAAACAUACAUAAAAUUAUAAUUGUGUGCUUGUCAUGCAAAAAACGGAUGUGGAUGGGUUUUUUUCUGCGGAUACAGCAGGCUCGGCUAGUGCAAACGAUGUCAUCCUCGUCUUCAUCUUCGUCCACAGGAAUGAAUAGUACUUCUGAAAACACCUUCAACCGACGACUCCAUCAAAACAGCGAAAAGGAAAAGAUCGAUACCGACAUGAGCGCCCAAGCGUCGAAAUUGCUCCUCGAUGAAGCACUGCAGAAAGCAAAGCGACGGGGCGUAACGAAGGCACUGCGACACUGCAUCGAGGAGAGGAUUCUCGAGACGUUGACGGAGGUACUUCUACCUCGUGCGGGAGGACAGGGACUUAGUAAAGCAAGAGUACGUGGUGGACGUGGUGGUGGCGGACCUCGUCCACAAGCUGCUUCUACUACAGCACACGACGAAGUAGAUGAGGAAUCUGAACAAGACCACGAUGUGGAAGCCGACCGCCUGCAAAAUCUUGCGAAAAUUCGCCGUCACUGGAGCGCUUUGAAGAGCCCACUCGACGACGCCUGCGACGGAUUGGCGCACAGGGAGUUCGAAGUCAGCAACCGAAGCUUCUGCCUGGUGCACGCGUUGUUGACGUCAAGAGUCGGGUCGGAAAGUUAUAACAGGCUCAGAUGUCUAAUUCAACGAAUUCCAAAAAAAAUUUUUUAGGUCACGGAAGCCUCGGACUGAGCCAGUUGGCCCCUCGCAAGGCCCGGCUUUGAACUAGUUGGCGCACAGCCUGGGAGCCGCCUCAUGGAUUUGUGCAGUUGCGCCACAAUUUCCAGGCAGCCUCGUCCUUUUGGAUUCUCGACUUUUGCUUGUCCUGCAGAUUUCUUGAGAACUGCACGACAAAAAAAAGGCAACGAACCGGACAAAGGAACAAAAGCGUGCGGCAAGUUGCUGCCCUUGUUCCAAAGCUGCCACUGGAGUCUCGAGGCCCAAGAGGUGCCCUCUGGAGCACGGGCAGCUGCUUCCCGUGCGCUUUCCGGUGUAUUUUUUGUCGUGCUUGGCCGCGAUUCAACGCAUUAGCCGCGCACUUCGCCUGCACUGCCAGCAUUGAUUCGGCUCAGGCAUGUUCGUAUUGCAAAAUCAGGCGAAAGCUUGCCCAAAGAUCGCACCUCCGCAAGCGUCCGGGGACUGGCCUGAGUCCCUGGCCGAAAUGGUGUCACAUUUAUGACACUUUCCCCGAUGCUAUGCUGUUCAAAAAUUGGUCUAGGUUUGCGAAAAUCACAGCUCAUCCACCAAGCGGUGGCAUUUUGGUGACCUCUUUACGAGGCUAACCACGGCGGCACGCUUUGAAUUUUCCGGUCUAGCUUUGCGAAAAUCAUGGGUAGGGGAGGGGGGUGCCAAAAAUGAAACAAAGCGACGCCAUUUCGUGCUCAAAACGGGUGGCCCCUUUAUGAGCCUAAUCAGCACGGCACGGAGCCACUUUUCCGGUCUAGCUUUGCGAAAAUCAUGGGGGUCACAAAAGGGGUCGGGAAAAGCAGAACCAUAAGUCGGGCCGUUCGGCAGUGGUGCCUUUUGGGUAAAUUUCGAGCCAGCGCCCAGCGCCCUGUCUACCUAGAAAGGCAGCCAUCUGACUGGGCCCGCCGGCCAUUUCUUCUGGAGAGGGGUCUUUGCAGUCUCAGAGGCCCCGAAGAUCCCUUGGGAGCGGAAUCAGUCGCCAGUGGUGAGCUUUCGCUUUCUUAUGGUGUAGAUCGAAGCUCCUUGCGUUGUGCAAUUUGCACGAAAGCUGCACGAGAUGAAGAGAACCAAUCCCCAACAAAAGCGCGGCAGCCUUACGAUGAGGGACGACAUUUCCUGCGCAGGGGGUGUAGGAGUCGCAGAGGCGCCGAAGACCAUUGUGGAAACGAAGUAGAUGGCCGUCGUGCGCGCUUCGCCCCUUGGCGGAGUUGGCGCCCUUGCUCAUCGGGCAGCUUCCUCCCAAGCAGUACGACAAAAAAGAAAGCAGAAGCCAAAAAAAGGAAGAAGACCUCGACAGCAGGCGCUAUGUCAACUCCAAAGGGAUGCUUGGAACCAUUCAAACUAAUGGGGUCAGCUAGAUCGCAGGUAGGUGGUUGCCUUGCGGGUGGCAAGACAAUUAUCCAGCGAUGAGGUAGCCAGUUUGUAUCAGCUUACUGGGGGAGUCAGCAUUGAAAACGAAACGCGUUCCCACGACCUAAAAAAAUUUUUUUGGAAUUCGCCGAAUUAGACAUCUGAGCCUGUUAUAAAAGUGGAAAUGCAGUUUUUAACGGAGGGCCGACGCAACCGGAGCCGCUUGUUCAGAGUGGGCACCAGCCUCCAAGUGGUGCUGCACCGGCAACGAGCGCGACAAGCAGGCAAAACAACUCCUCCCCUGCCGACGACAUUUGGCCCAUCUUGAACGCCUUGCGGCGCAACAAACCACUGGGGAAACUCUUCGCCUUUGAGCCGACGAAGAGCAGGAUGAAACCACAUCACAAGGAUUUAGCCAGUCACGUGUGGAACUUGGUGACAAGUAGUAAUAGUGGAAGUGCUUUCACAAGCUCCACAACUUCGACAAGUGCUAUGCCGGAAGACCUCGCGCCCCUAAUUUUCCUCUGGAUGCAAGUGAAAACUACUCCAACGUAUUUGGAACAAAACAUCUACGGGAUUCUCAAGCGUUAUAUUUUGAACUGUUGCAUGAAUUUGUGAUGCAAGAACACCAAAAGCGAAACGGGGAACCUUGCGCGUCUUGCCAUUACAGAUUUGGCACAGAUUAUCAUGUCAGUUAGAGCGUCGAAGUCGUCAUCAUGCGAAGAAGCUUGAGCGUCUGAAGCAUGAUUAGUGUUUCGGCAUCUUCGUGACAAAUCAUGUAACAGUUGAGAGUGUAACAUUUGAGAACCCCAUAGCAUCAACAUCAAGCCUGCUGCUGGUACGUCGACUUCCGCUGCAAUUACUUCUACCACUUCUACGACCUCUCAAGAUCAUGAAAACAAAAAUCAGAUGGAUGUCACGUCCCCAUUAACAGCAACAUCCGCCGGCUUGAAAUCACCUAUCAUUGUAGGAGCCUCUUCUAGUACCCCUGUCGUGUUGUCGCCUCGAAGCUGCGGGGGCUCGUCCUUUCCCGUCGGCAGUACUGUCGCGUCGCUCGGAGCAGCAGGAAAAACUGAAACAACGCUGUUACAACCGGGCGGAAUUUUCUAUGCACCGCGACCACUUUCUCUCCGUUUGAAACCGCGCUGGAAGCCGCGUCUGGUCGCGAGUUUCUUCAAAAAAAUCGCCCUCCGGCCACUUAUUCAAUUGAGCGCGAAUCUGCAAGUCGAGAAGUUUUUGGGAGACACGAUGCGGAAAACGGCUGAAAAGCUGCUGCAGAAGAAACGGAAUUACGAACACGGCGAUUACCCCCAAAGAGCAACUGACGUCGACGCCUGGCCCGCGCCGCUGUUGGAGGAUGACAGCGAAUUUUCUUGCCUGCUCGACCCAAAGCUCACUGCGCGCAUAUCGACAAAAGUGUCCGCAGAAGUUUUACAGGCAGCUAGUACUGAGGACAGUUUUCUCAGUGAUUUUUUUCGGACGUUGGCUGAAAACCAAAAUGUCGAUAAUAUCCUCGCAGCUGCAAUAAACAACAAAGUAGCUGCUGGAGGAGCAGGUGGCAGCGCACUUGAUACACAAGAAGAAAAAUCUUAAACCAAGAUCGAAAUCCUCGCUGGACGUUGCUGGAAAAGCGACGAAAGUACUGCAUCAUUUACAUUUUCUUUCAGUGAAAAACUGAAGAACUAGACGAAGAUUAUUGACCUUAAGCGAGGACUGCCUGAAACAAGGAAAGCAACACACAU